UAAGAAAGACUUCACUUGGAUAAUCUGACCGACUUCUUAAUCAUACAAAUCCUGACUCUGAGAAAAUCAUGAUAUCUUCUGUCUGUCACCAUCCGUAUCACUAAUGGGUUCUCUCUUGAGACAUAGACUGAUAUCAGAAAUUGGGUCCUGUUCUUGUUCUUAUUUGUUUGUUAUAACAUCUCUACUUGCUCUUUCCUUCUUCAAAUCCAUAUUCGCUCAGUCAAGCCUCUGUAGAAGCUCUUGUGGCUAUAUCCCCAUCAAGUACCCUUUUGGUAUCGACGAUGGUUGUGGAAGCCCCUACUACCGACAUAUGUUCGUCUGCUCAGAGUCUGGAAAACUUGAACUACGAACACCUUCCGGGAGAUACCCAAUUCGGAGCAUAAGUUAUUCUGAUUUCCACAUUCUACUUUCUGAUCCAUUCAUGUGGAACUGCGAAGAUGGCGAUAACUUCCGUCCGACCAGGCAAUUCAGUCUCGACACCAGCACUCCAUUCUCCCUCUCCUCUCAGAAUGAAUACCUCUUCUUCAACUGUAGCGAGGAAGAUGUGCUCAUCGAGCCCAAGCCCAGCUUCUGCGAGCGGUUCCCCGAGCGUUGUGACUCAUCCUGUGACAGUGCUAGCUAUCUCUGCCGUCACUUACCUGAUUGCCCAGCCGCACUGGGUGGGAGUAGUUCUUGCUGUUCUUACUACCCAAAGGCUACGGAAUCUUUAAGGUUGAUGUUGCAAUACUGUGCAUCUUACACUAGCGUUCAUUGGAAAACUGUUGGGGCAGCUCCGCCUUAUGAUCAAAUCCCAGAGUAUGGAAUCCGGAUAGAUUUUGAUAUUCCGGUGACCACCCGUUGCCUUCAGUGUCAGGAUAAUUCCAGGGGAGGAGGGACAUGCGGAUUUGAUACUGGGACGCAGAGUUUCUUGUGCCUCUGUGAGGAAGGAAAUGUAACCACUUUCUGUUCAGAUCAUGGCAGUUCUGGGUAUAGUGCAAAGGUGGGAGUAAUUGCCGGGACGACGUCAGCAGUUUCCGUCGCUGCUGUAGGGAUUGGAGCUGUUGUGUGGUAUUUUAAAAGAGUGAGAGCUAAAGCACCAGUAGCAUGUGGAGUUCAGAGCAAUGAAAAUAGGCUCUUCUGAGAUUUUUGUGAUCUAAAUUCCCAAAAUUUUUGUUUUGCUUCUCUUUCUUUUCCUUGUUUUCAAUCUCAAUGCCUGAUACCAUAUGAAGCAUAUCCUAAAUUCCUAGUUAUUAUUCAUUAAUUAUUAAUAAA